AUGGUCCUUUCGCAACCCGAGAACAAGCAUGUCACCAGGGCAUUUGACCUGACGGGCAAAGUCGCUGUGAUUACAGGUGGCGCUCGUGGAAUUGGCCUUGAAGUUACUCGAGGAUUGGCAGAAGCUGGUGCAAAUGUGGCUGUGAUCUACAACUCAUCCCAGACGGCCGAUGCCACCGCGGCCGAAAUCGCAUCGGCAAACAACGUUCGAGCAGCCGCGUACCAGGCUGACGUCACAAACCAGUCUCAGAUCGAGAGCGUGAUUCAGCAAAUCUCGAAAGAUUUUGGAAAGCUUGACAUUUUGGUUGCAAACUCAGGUAUUGCAAGUUGUGUCGCCGCCGAAGAUUAUACACCCGGUCAAUGGAGUGAGAUCAUGAAAGUCAACCUCGAUGGAGCUUUUUAUUCCGCCCAAGCUGCGGCGCGGAUCUUUAAAGAGCAGGGUCAUGGGAACAUCAUCUUCACAGCUUCUGUGAGCGCAACAUUGGUUAAUAUUCCUCAGAAGCAGGCUGCUUAUAAUGCAUCCAAAGCUGGUGUCGUACAGAUGGCAAAGUGUCUUGCUGUGGAAUGGGUAGACUUUUGUCGUGUCAAUUGCAUCUCCCCGGGCUUUAUCGCAACAGAGAUUCUCGAUAUUCACCCCGAGGAAUGGCGCAAUAAAUGGAACGAUAUGAUUCCAGGUCGGCGGAUGGCCCAGGCAUACGAGCUGAAAGGCGCUUAUGUCUUCUGUGCUUCAGACGCAUCCAGCUACAUGACUGGCGCGGAUUUGAUUAUUGAUGGUGGUUACACUCUACCGUAA